ACCGACACGGCUGCAUGGUCCCGGUAAACGCGUUUACGCUCGCAGGCGUGCGUUAAAAAGGCCGACCACGUUUCUAAGCGAGAAAUCGGCUAAUUGGUUAUGCUUUCGAGUUAAAUGAAAUAUCUGGUUAUAGUACAGACUAUUAGUUAGCGAUACUGAUCAGGUUAUCAGUGCCGCCGACUGUAACGAAAUUAACCAGGAGCUGGGUGGUUAAAUAUCUCCUUACUUUCGCUAGUAAGUAACUUCACCCAGAAGGUGCGGUAUUUAGUCACAUUUCACUUAUCUAGACGUUAUAACUAGCUGCGUCUCCGCGUUACAGAUGUUAAUAUUUUUAUAUCCAGAAAAUAAGAUAAACAGCCCGCUUCUUAUCAAUUGCCCACGAACAAACUUUGGCGUUCGGGGAGCUACAUCGGUCUCUUGUGUCUAAUUUAAUGAAACUUUUUUUACCAAGAAGUCCAUUAAACAUUCAAACUCUUGUUCUUUUACAAAAUGUUGCGCUGAAGCCCGUUUUUAAUUCGCUCUGCUGUGGGUUUUUUUGUUGAAGAAAAUGAUGGCAAAUGAAAGUAUAAUAUAAAUAUAGCUACUUAAAGUAGAAAUUACUGGCUGAAAACGUGGCUUGGAAAAUCAGGAAAUAGCCGGGUUUGACUUAGAAGCGGUUUGAUAUGUUAAUGGCAGCCAGGGGUAUGAAGAAACACACAUCUAAAGUUGCUUUAAAUUUUUGAAGUAAUAUUAAGAAAUGAGUGACGGAAGUAAUUUUUGAGUAGAAAUGUGUAUGGAAUUUUGUACUGUUGGCAUGUCUGGUUGAGUAAAAAUCGUAAAUCUCUUUCAGAAGAUUAUGGAAAUAUGUUGCAACACCAUUUUUGCAAAUUUGGUCUUUUUAUAGGAAUUAUUCUGUUUUUAUUAAGUUACAAGAAAGGCCUUGAAAUUGUACUAUGUACUUGAUUUGCUGUUGCGAAAUCAAUGUAUAAAUCAAGGGAUAAAUGAAGAUUGGAGGCGGGAGAGAUUUGACAUGGAACCUCCACCACAGUCAGAUGGUUUACUCCCUCAAGACCUUUCAACGUGCAGCUUACCCUCCGCCUUAAACCUGACAAGGAAAGGCGAAGACAGUCUUCUCAAAAGCACUUCCAUGGAAGCCCUACGUGUGGUAAAGAAGCCCACCUGGCACAACAUUGGUUCCGGGAACAGCAGAGGACUUGUGUACUCUGAGAACGAAUCUGACCACAUGUCUCAGCCCAGUCAACAGAUUCAACCAAACGAUACUUUUUCUAAUGCAACAGUCACUCUCUCGUAUGUGAGCAGGUCUCAUGUCUUCUCCCCCCCCAGCUCCCUCUCGCAGCUACCCCCUGUUUGUGGGGUUCCCUCCAUAAACAGAAAAAUUUCCGGACACUCCCCUCCUCAUGAAGCAGAUGCUCUGGCGAAUGAGGCUGGUAGAAGGGGUCUUUGUGUCGACAUUGACCAAUGCAUCCUGCCGCAUGCUGCUAAGCCUGUCAUGUCAUCACAGUCUGAGUUGUUUGAGACCAGCGCUCAGGCUCAGUUAAUCGAGAGUGUAGGUGGAGCUCGUUUUAUGCAGCAAGCUCUUGAGAUAAAUGGGAACAAAGAUGCCCAUCCUAUGGGUAUGGAGAAACUUGAACCUGGACUUGGAGAUGGAACCUCGGAAUGUAUGCAUUCUGAGGCAAAGGAUGGCUGUCUGCUGAAUGGCAUGGGCAACAGCUUCUUAAGUCAUGGCUCAUGCAAGGAAAAGUCCACAGAGAGCUGCAUUACAGACAUAAUGGCAGAGAUCAAAAAGUGUGACUCUGAAAUGGUUUCCUUGAUUUCAAGAACUAAGGAGCCAGUGGAUUUGCUUGACAGCACUCUUUCAAGGAACACAUGUAAUAGAAAUGGGGAAUAUGUUAGCCCUUUAGAAGAUCCUUUGUCACCCCCUGCUACCUCAUUGGAUGAAACAGAAGAUGUUUUUGUUUUGCCACAAACACUAAGCUCUCCCACUAGUGAGAAUUUUACAGAUAAUGCCUCUGCCAUUGCAGGAGAGGAGGGAUCUGGUGAUCUUUCUGUAACUGAAUUUCCAGUUGCAACUGUGGAAGACGGAAGUCCUCUUCAGAGGAGUUUUGGUGACAGUGAUGUUGUUGAAAUGCCCAUCACCAGCAAUGGAAUACAAAUACUGCCAGCAGAUGUGCCAGAACAUUGCAGGCCACUAUCUGAUCUAGAUGGUGAUCUGUUGAAAAGUAGGGGCAGGUUGUGUGAGGUCCAGGAAAAUAGCAUUUUGGUGCCUGAUGACUCUAUUCUCAAUGGGAGUGUACCUGCGCAAGAGAGGACUACGCUGAGGAAGAAACUUCCUCCCCGUUCCCGGAGGGGAACUCGCUUAGAGGCCAUUGUCCAGAACAUUACACCUUCUAGGUAUAAAGUGACAACUAAUUUACAUUCCAAUAAAAAAUGCUGCAGUUCUCAAACUCGCCCCAUAAAUGUAGAGGUCCUCCAAAACCAGGAUUCACCAGGGAAUGCAUCUGGUUUAGAACAAGAGCCCAAUUUAAAGAUGACAGUCUUGCCGAAUAUUAACACUGAUAACACUGACACAGACAAAAGUAAAACUUCUACCUCAGACUCAGAAAACUUAAGCACCUUCAAAGCUUUAUAUAGCACCACAUAUCCAGUACCAGUAAACCACGAGGACACAGAAAAGGACCAAGUCAACAGGUCACGACCCAAGCGUUCUACAAGGGCUAGGGGAAAAUUGGCCAUGCCAGAAAUAUAUUCAAGUUCAGAAAAGCAGCACAGGGUUUCAGUGGCCAACAAGCCUAUACCUACUACUAGAAAAGCCCAUAUCACCAAACGAAAGCGUAAAAAAUACAAAGCUGGACAAUCCUCCUUGUUUUCACCACAGGAGCCAGAAAUCAAGCUUAAGUAUGUGAAUUACAAGGAUGAGAAAAGGGAUGUUAAAGCGGACACCUUCUCCCCAUUUAUACGUAUGGAGGUCAAGGAAUAUUCUACAUGCACAGUUAUCAACUAUGCUGAAGAGGAGAAUGCAAGAUUAAGAAAAGGACAGCAGCAGGUGUCUUCCAGGUUUAUUUCCGGCAUGGUUCCAGCGACCUCUUGUUUGCAACUAGGUCGUGUUAGCGCUGAAAGCAAAUGGCAGAACUCUUUGGUCUGCUGUUUAUGCGGUGGGUCAGCCAAUGCCCUAGACCUUGGGGAUCUUCAUGGGCCUUACUACUCUGAGGGCCACAAACCUACCCCUAAGCCUCUGAUUAGUCAGCAGGACCUAAAGGAAGAGGUUGAUUCUAGUGACUCUGACUCCUCUUCCAGCAUGUGCCGAAGAAAGCUUGCCCAAGGCGGGCGCAACUGGCCCCAGAGACCUAAUCACAGGCCGAGUCGGCAUGAUGUCCUCGAGACUUGCCGCAGGUGGGCUAAUGACAACAAUGACUUGCAAAGUCCUUCGGCCAAGAGGCCACGGAUUGAGUUGGCUGCUGGCGAUUGGUGCAGCCCCACUGUGGUUUCCUUGGACACCAGAGAAUAUUGGGUUCAUGAAGAUUGCAGCGUAUGGUCAGCAGGUGUCUAUCUGGUGAAAGGAAAGCUUUAUGGACUGGAAGAGGCUGUAAGGCUGGCACAGGAGACGGUUUGCUCCACUUGUCAAAACAGAGGUGCCACCUUGGGCUGUGUCUUCAAGGGCUGUCCCAAUAAGUAUCAUUACACUUGUGCAUUGCAUUCUGAUUGUGUGCUAAACGAAGAAAACUUCUCAAUGAAAUGCACAAAGCACAAGAAUAAAUCAUUCAAAGGAUCCUGUAAACAGGAGAGCAGAUGACGGGAGAAGAUGCUAUGCAAGAUCACAGAUCUUUCCCUGGCAGAUUGAAUUGCCAGCAGUCUGCUGAAGCACCUCUAGUCAGUCCAACAACAUGAUUAAACUGGAAAAAUAUGCUAGAAUGUUUUUGGAAGCAAGGGUUCGGUUGAAUGCAAACACCAACAAACCUUAAUUGUUUCUCUUUUUUAAGUACUGGCUCCACCUAUAACACCACUGGCAAUCUUCACAGCUGCCUGUCUUCUUAAAUUUGUAUAUUCUUCUUGGUCUGAAGCCUUUAAUAGUACCACCAUGGGUAGCUUAGCUUUGCUUAAAACUGUCAAUACAGAAUCUGGUUUCUGGUUCAAAAAGGUAUAAACUUAUUGUAUAUUAAGCCCUAAUCCAUUGUAAGAUUGCUUUAAACUGUAAUUUAUUGCCAUUUUAAUUUGAACAUGUAUGGUGUCUCAUGUUUAAAGUAAUUUUAUGGGAAAAUACUCAAAUUCCUCAGCUGGAUAUAUAAUUUUUACAGUUUUGUAAGUGCAGUUUUCAGGGGAUUAUUUAUAUUUUACUUUUGACUCUACUGAUUUUUUUUCAUUCUUUUCCUUUUGGUGAAUGAGCAGUUUGCGUGUGCAUUUUCUGCAUUUAUUUCAUUUUGAAUGGCAAUACUGUUGCAGAUUAUUUUCCAAGACCGUGCAUAUGUGUGCGUGCAUGCCUGUGCGUGCAUGUCUGCCUCUAGAGUGUCCAUCCUUGAUUCAGUCAUCGAGACAGCUGCCUUUUCAAAGGUCUGCAGGAAGUUCUGCAAGCUCUUCAUCGAUUCCACACAUCGACUGGUGUGUGUUUGUAUGUUCACCACUUGAAUGUACUUCUUGUCCUCACUGCUUAUUAUAGCUACUUUGUAAAGGUGAAAGGGGGUAGCUGAGAGCACUUUUUAAGAGGCACUUAAAGCAUUAAUUAUUACGACUGACAUAUAAUUCCCUGCACAGGCCCCAGAUUUGCUUGCCAAGCUCUUGCCAUAUCCCUUGUUUACAAUUGCCCGCAUCCCUUCAUCAGUGUUUUGGGCAUUUGUAGAAUACAUGGUUUUCAGCUGCCAUAUCUUCUGUUUUUGCUUAAGUUGUGUUUGGAAUUUUAACAAUCAGUUCUAUGAAGUCUUCUUUUAGGGUUUGUGAAAUUAAAUUACUUAAAUGGACGGUGUCAGCCUGUCUCCUAUGAUGUUGCAAUGCAUGGCUCGAUAUUAAUGUGUACCUGGGACAGAUUAACACUAAACCACCUCAGGUUUCUUAGUGAGAGUACUGCUUCAAUAGGGGGGUUUUGCUUGGAUGUUUUUUAGAUUUCUGUGUUUUCAUUUUUAUUGUUAAUGCUCUCAAAGACUGAAAGUAGCAGUUUACAAGCAUUUGAUAAUAGUUAGAAACUGGCCUUUGCAGAAAAUACCUCAUUUAAAAAUUUUUGCUGUUAGCUGCUGUUCAGCUGCUUGCUGUCAGUGGCAUGCAGGCACACAGAUGUAACGAUGAUGUGAAAUUUGGAAGAUUAGCAUUUGUUUUCCAUUUAACUUCCCUCUGUUUUUCAAAGCUUUAUUAUAGGUAUUUAGCAGUAUUUAAAUGGCAGUAUAGUUCUCAUUCCCAGGAUUCUGUAAUAGAUCCCACAUCUCAUCAGCAUUUGUAGCUGUUGGUGUUAGACAUGUGCUAUUCAUUAGUAAAUAACUACUAAAUAAGUACUGAUUUUCCUACAGGUAAAUAUAUCAGUCUACGAGCUAAGUGCACAGCAAAUAAACCACUCCUUUAACCUAUGUUUUUUCAGCUUGUGUGUGUGGUUGCAUUAGUAGUUGACAUGCACAACCAGGCAAAGUUAAUGUCGAGCCCUGCUAAAAGAUAUGCUUCCAGGAGGACCAGUACAUGAAGUGCCAAAGUGGAAGCUAGUUUAAAAAAAAAAAAAAACUGACAAUACAUUUCUAUGGUGAUUACUACUUAAAUUGAUUUACCCAGUUAUUACUCAAAUUUUGAAUAUGUGCAGUAGUGUCCCAGUGUUUCUCUUAUUGCUAAAAUGAACUAUGAAGAGAGGAGGAAUCACUAAAAGGUAGCCUGUAGUAUUGACCUGUUCAUGCAUAUGUCGGUGCUUCGGUAUAUUUAUGUAAAAUUACAUAUUUAAGACUUUCUGCUGUGUCUGAAUUACUACCAAGAGAGAACGUGCUGGGUAUUUCUGAAUGACAAUUGAAUGGAUCUUGGCUGUUAAUGUUAAGUGUUACCGGAUAGGCCUCUUUGGGGGGUUUAUUAUUUUUUGUUUUUGAUUAUUUGUGAUGGGGAUUUAGAGCGAAAACUGUGUUGCAUGUUGGUCCUGCCCGGGGGUGAUUCACUCAUGAGAAAACAAUGAGGGGGAGAAAGAAGUAUUACAUUGUCUAUCAGUUGUUGUCAUUUUUCCUGUCAUGAAUUUUGUCAUAAUAAAUACUCUGUUCAUA